AAAAUAUUCACCGCGUGAUGUGAGUGGGCUAAAUCUAUUCAGGCUAUAAAAAUGGUACAUGGCUGUGUAUGGGUAUUUAAACAGUUGUGAUGAAUCUGCUGGAAUCUUCGUGUUUGAGCCUCGAAGUCCGAACUACUCUAAUAGACCUUGAGUCAAGAUGCUGGUAGAGUUCAAUAUAAAGUCGGUCGCCGCUAUUUGUGACGGCCAUAGGGGAAUCGGCAAAGACGGUGGUCUGCCGUGGCCGUUCUUAAAACCAGAUUACGAGUUCUACACAAACCUCAUAGAGUCUACGAAAGAUCCAAAGAAAAAGAACGGCAUCAUCACAGGUCGAGUUGGUUGGGAGACCUUGAGCUUGGAGAAGAAGACACAUCCAAAGAUGCUUCAAGUAGUCAUUAGCAAGUCUAUGUCUCAGGACGCGCCUUACUGCUGGGGCGUGGCCCACAACUUUGACGAAGCCGUGCGAAUGUUAACGACAGGACCAUGCAAAGGCGAAAUCGAAACCAUCUACGUUUUAGGCGGACAGUUAAACUAUGAGAUCGCAGUAUCAGACCAGAGAUGCACAACUUUCAUCAUCACCAGAAUAUUCCAGGAUUUUGACUCGGACACGUUCUUCCCCAAGUUUGAGCACCUCUGUCAUCGUGUCAGAGACCCUUCAAUCGAUGACACAAUACAAGUCGAUGAAAAAACCGGAAUCAAAUUUCGUUUUGAGGUCUGGGAGAAAAAUAAUGUAGAGACCAGUUGAGUUGACCGGAUCAGACUGGAACGGGGUGCAACAGCAGCAAAGUCACUGAACUUGAACGGGCCACUUAGGAACGACAAGAUUUGUUACGGUUGAGCGGCCACCGGCGCGACAAGACGAACAGGACAAAAGAUAAUGCGACUUGACAGACUAAGGCUAGGGACAAAUGGAAUGUACAUUACAUUUUGACAUGCGUACACUGCGGGGUUCGAUAGGGUUUGUUUUUUUUUAAGUCUGAAGGGUUGAAGUAAUAAUUACUGCAUACAGGCUGUGGUUGGAUUAUAAAAGAAAUGUUCGUCUUGACAUUUAUGAUUAUUUUCUUUUGUCUAAUUACAUGGGCAAGCUUUAUAAAGAUUUUUUUU